AUCUCUUAAAAGGAAAUUGAAGGUGACCCCGUGUUGUCGGUCAAUAACACACUGUACUUUUUACCCUCGCUGCUGACUCGUAGAGAGAUUACUGUGUGAAAAUGGUUUCUCAGCAGCUGAUACCCCUUUUUUUCCUCUUUUUUCUUCUUAUCAAAGAAGGAAUCACUUUGAAAUGCUAUUCAUGCAGCAGUGAAAUAGCAAAUACAAGCUGUCUUACUCCUGGACCAACAACUCCUACAGAGGAAUGUAGUGGCAAUCAGACAAUGUGCAGGAAGAUAGAACAACAAAUUUAUUACAAUAAAGAGGACAACACCAGAAUUUUAAGACAGUGUGCCACCAGUGGAGAAGUUGGGGAAUGUUUAGAGAGAACUGGAACCUUUCGUUACAAAUCUUGGUAUUGCCAGUGCAAAGGUGAAUUGUGUAACACUGCCAAUAGAAUUUUUACACCUUUUACAAUAAUAGUUGCUUUAUUAAGCCUGUUAGGACUAAGACUAGUUUUAUGAAAUAAAAACUAUUUUGUUUUGUAAAUUAGUUUUUUUUUUCUUACAAAUUCAGAUGCAUUUAUUUUUAGUUUGUGUAUAUUUAAAAAAAAAAAAAUUUUUUUUUUUGGUCACUGAAUGAACUGAGAGCAUUUUUGUUCAGAAUCUCUGAAUGCAUUGAAUCUCCAUUAAUCCCAGUUAGUUCUAAUCAGACUUUUACAUUGUACUGGAUGUACAUUAUAUAUUUGUCGAACAUUCCUGCUUUAAACAAUAUUUUUAACAUUUUGUUUAUAAUGUCAUAAUAUUUGUAGCAUUAGGAAAUGUUUUAUACAUUUUUAUACAUGUGUAUUUUUUUUUUUAAUCAAUCUGUGUGGCAUAAAAACUUUAUCUACAAGAACCAUGCUUUUUAAUUUAGCUUUUGUGUAUACUCAGAUUUUGUCUUUGUUAUAAUAGGCUCAACUGUAAUGAAUUUAAGCACCACUCACUAUUGAUCUAUUUUGAUUCUCAAUAAAUCUGAACUAGUCAAGAAUUAUUUUUUUCUUAGUGCUCUUAAAAAAAUGUGGAUGUUUUUUUUUUUUUCUUUGAAAUAGAUGCCAGCUAUUUUUGUAGUGUUCAUUUUUAACACUGUUUAAUAGCAGGAAGUCUUUGUAUAAGUGACAUUAUUACAUAUAUACUAAGUUCAUGUCAGUUCAUUUUUUAGUCCAUUGGCCUAUGUUAUAAUUAGGCUUUUCAAAUAAUUUAGAUAAGAAAUCUUGUUUUCCACCACCCUUACUAGGAUAUUUUUUAUAUGUAUAAAAUGUGUAUAAAACUGAAUGUAAUAUAAACAUUUGAAUUGCUAUGUUUUUAUAUUUUUUAAGAAAAAUUUAAUUUGAUUACAAUGAGUACAUUAUAAUUACUUAGCUCUAAAUUUGUCGAAGUUUAAUAAAAAAAAAAUGACAUA